CCUAGUGCCUGUUGAGCGGUGCGCGCGAGAAGAAAACAGCUCCAUCAUGUCGUUUUCUUUCUUUCUUUGUUGUUUUGUUUUUCUUUUUGGUUAGAUCUGCAAACCGCCUAGGUGGCCUCUACGGACAGCGCGCCAGUGGACUUUCACUGUUCCAUUAUUCACUUUCUCACUAAAACAGGCUCUGGUUCCACGGUCGGUUGCGCGCGCGCGCCGCGGACGGUAAACAAAAGGUAAUCCUGGGCGCCGCCGCCGCCUCCACGUCACGUCACGUUCUGUCACCGAUUGGGCGAGAGACACUCGGCGGUGUGGCGGGAAGGGGUCGCGCGCGCGCCGUGGGCGGGUGAGAGUGCCCGCGCGCUCAUAAAGCCCCGCGUGCGCCCCGCGCCGUCGACAUAGAGAGAGAGAGAAGGACGCGUUUAAAAAGCGAGGGGGGAAAGGGAGGGGGGGGGAGACGCGACGAGCCUCUCGGUUCUUUACUCCGCACCCAGGCGGGAGAGGCAGGCGCCCGCGCGCCUCUCUCUCUCCUUCUCUCUUUCUCUCUCUCUCUUUCUGUGUAAACCCCGUCCUUUACCUCCUCCGGUGGACCCCAGGUCCUCCGGGCUCGGCCGAGGGAGGCAUCAUCUCGCGCGUAUAUGGACGACCACUUCAACCUGAUCGACUCUCCGUCGACGCGGCGGCGGGAGAGUGACGGAGACAGCCGUGGCUCAGACGCGGACAGAGGCGGCCCGGCCGCGGCCACGGUGACAGUGGCGGUUGGCGAGCUGCUGGAGGAGUCGGGCGCGCUGCCGGCGCACGUGUCGCUGGAGCGCUACGAGCCUGAACCGGGCUGCCACGAGCGCGUGGUCAUCAACAUCUCGGGUCUGCGCUUCGAGACGCAGCUCAAGACGUUCAGCCAGUUCCCGGACACGCUGCUGGGUGACCCGCGUAAGAGGAUGCGCUACUUCGACCCGCUGCGCAAUGAGUACUUUUUUGAUCGUAACCGACCGAGUUUUGAUGCCAUCCUGUACUACUACCAGUCGGGUGGGCGCAUACGCAGGCCCGUGAACGUGCCCAUCGACGUCUUCUCGGAGGAGAUCCGCUUCUACCAACUGGGCGAGGAAGCCAUGGAAAAGUUUCGCGAGGACGAGGGAUUCAUUAAGGAGGAGGAGCGUCCGCUGCCCAGCCGGGAGUUUCAGCGACAGGUGUGGCUCCUGUUUGAGUACCCGGAGAGCUCGGGCCCGGCUCGCGGCAUCGCCAUCGUCUCCGUGCUCGUCAUCCUCAUCUCCAUUGUCAUUUUCUGCCUCGAGACUCUGCCUGAAUUCCGCGAUGACCGCGAGGCGGCGGCGGCAGCGGCUGCCGCGGCGGCUGCCGUUCCACUAAACAAUGGCACGGCGCCCUAUGGUCCAGGCGCUUUCACUGACCCAUUCUUUGUGAUCGAGACUCUGUGCAUUGUGUGGUUUUCAUUCGAACUGCUCGUGCGCUUCUUUGCAUGCCCGAGCAAGGCCACCUUCUCCAAAAACAUCAUGAACAUAAUCGACAUUGUUGCCAUCAUCCCCUACUUCAUCACGCUGGGCACGGAGCUCGCUGAACGCCAGGGCAACGGACAGCAGGCCAUGUCCCUGGCCAUCCUGCGCGUCAUCCGCCUGGUACGCGUAUUCCGCAUCUUUAAGCUCUCGCGCCACUCCAAGGGCCUCCAGAUUCUUGGACAAACUCUCAAAGCCAGCAUGCGCGAGCUCGGCCUGCUUAUCUUUUUCCUGUUUAUCGGGGUCAUCCUCUUCUCCAGCGCCGUGUACUUCGCCGAGGCGGACGACCCGGCCUCGAGCUUUAGCAGCAUCCCGGACGCCUUCUGGUGGGCCGUGGUUACCAUGACCACGGUGGGGUACGGCGACAUGCACCCGGUCACAAUCGGCGGCAAGAUCGUGGGCUCCCUGUGCGCAAUCGCCGGGGUGCUGACCAUCGCCCUGCCCGUGCCUGUCAUAGUCUCCAACUUCAACUACUUCUACCACCGCGAGACGGACGGCGAGGAGCACGCACAGUGCCUGAACGCGGGCAGCAGCGAGCGCGUAGACUCGGCACAGGGCGAGCUACUGGAGCGCGCGCACAGUACCUCCUCUUUGAGCAAGCCGGAGUAUGUGGCCAUCGAGGAGGCGCUGCACGGCGCGUUUAGGCAGCCCGUCUACCCCAACCAGAACAGCCAGAACUGCGUGAGCGUCAAGAAGAUUUUCACCGACGUGUAAACAACUAGAAGCGCGUGAGAGCGAGCAAACUUAUCUCAAAUCUCCACGCAUGAAGAACACGAAGAGGGCGCGUAAAAACGCCCCCAACACAAGACCCCUCAAGACAACAGCAGACCCAGUUAAGCUGCUGGUGGCGCGCAGCGCGUUCAGCUCUGUCUUUUUUUUUGUUUUACUUGCAGCGCGUUAAACAUGCGGGGGGACAGAGAAGGGGCAGGUUGGGGAAGACAACUUUGGAACGAAACGCGGACAAACCAUGUCGUGAUCGUUGCUGUGCGUUUUUUUGCUCUCAGUGUUUAUCUGUGGUCGUCAUAACGCGUUCAGUGUCCGCGGCGUGUCCCGCUUCGUGGCGAAGCCGAGAGACCCCCUCUGGAAGGUCUGUUCACGCGGGGGGGACACGGACUGCUCUCGGGGGUCGCGUGUUAGAAUGUCACCAUGUAUUUUAAUCAUAUAUCCAAGUGCAGAUUCUAUAUUUUAUCACAAUGAAAGUCUGUGGGGGUAAAUCCAUUACGCUGUUAAUAGUCAAGUACUAGUCGAAUCUAUAUAAACAUAUAGGUUAUUGUAUGUUUUUAUUAAGCAUAUUGCCUUUACAUAUACCAAAUGAAGUUAAUAUAUAUAUCGACUCAAAGAAUAGAUAUUAUAUUUUGUUGGGAUGGGAAUGGGGGGCUGUGAUCAAACGAAGGAAGUGUAAUGCUAUAAAGAAAGGGCCAUGUUCCCGCGAACUGAGGGAGAAGGGGGAGGGGGAGGGGGGUGUGGCGUUAAAAAAAAAGAGAAAAAAGCCCACUCUGGACUCAUCUCGUCUCUGGCCUGGGAAACAGACGCAAGAUCAGCGAGGAUGCGCCUCCCAGUCGAAGCCCCUGAGUCCGCCUCGUGAUGCAGUCUCCAUAGCGACUACAGUUUCCUGGGAAGCAAGAAACGCAUGGAGGGUUUUGCUGAUGGGCGUCAAUAUCACACAAUCAACUGACCUGCGACCCUAUUCCAAACGGUCACAGCAACACAGUUUCAAAGACCUUUGAGGUAGAUCCACGCCGUGCCUAGGACUGUUCAUCAACCAUUCCACUGACAAGAAGGUUUUCAAAGCACAGGACAAAAAUGCAUCUGAGGACAGAGGAAUGAUGUCCGAAACGCUCAAUAUCGUCCUCUCUACCAGAUCCACACUCUAGAAGUGGCCUUUUUCUAGGGAUUCACUGCCAGGCUGAAUAUAGAUUAGCCAGAAGAUAUCAGCAUACAAUGAUGGCAGCUGUUAAACUUUGAAAAAGUGGGACAAAAGCUGACCAUCUUUGGCAUAACUGUCCACUGCUGUGGGACAUAUAUUGCAGAGGUUUUCAAUGUGUCCUUCAUGUAUUCAGAGUUUGUGCUGUAAUCAAACCAGAUGUCUGCAUAUAGAUUUGUCAUCAUUAUAAAAAUACUGCCUAAUUAUUUACUAUAUACAGUAACUCACUGCCUACUUAAUGACUAUAUUAGACAUUCCAAUCACUGAAUAACUGAGAAUAUUAAAGUUUAUUAUGCUAUA